UGAUGACUAACCACAGAAGGCGGUAUGACAUCACCAACCCUGCCAGGAAUCAUUUGCUAGUUGUUCCUCACGCUUAGCAAGUUGCUUCGAAUACUGUAUGAUUUCAUGAAAGGAGCAAAAACUACUUUAGACCGUUGAGUUAUUUGCAACCAGGGAGAAACACAAAAGUGUCUGACCAGUCUGAAACAAUGUCUUUCAUCCCAGGACAACCAGUUACUGCUGUUGUGCAACGGAUAGAGAUCCGCAAACUCCGCCAGGGUGAACACUUAAUCCUGGGUUUCAGCAUUGGAGGAGGAAUAGACCAAGACCCUGGCCAGAACCCCUUCUCUGAAGACAAGUCAGACAAGGGCAUCUAUGUGACACGGGUGACACCAGAGGGACCAGCAGAAGUUGCAGGCUUGAUGAUGGGAGACAAAGUAAUGCAGGUGAAUGGAUGGGAUAUGACCAUGGUGACACACGAUCAGGCACGCAAACGGCUGACAAAGAAGAACGAAGAUGUCGUGCGGCUACUGGUGACCAGGAAAUCACUGGAGCAGGCUGUCAGACAUUCUAUGAUGUAAUGACUCCAAACAGUAGCAGCGGCUUGGUGACCUCAUUGUCUUUCGACAGUUGGCGUCCCUCCUAUGCAACGCUAGUCCUUUCGUGCAGAAGGAGUUUGCUAUCUGACGUAAGACAAUGCCAGUGACCGAGAGCACAGUAUUCCAAAGCUUUUCUCGCAUACUGUAAGGUUGGGGUGAAUUCCAUAUAAAUUCUGUCAAUGUAUGAGGUAGAAAGAAAAUGCUAUUCAAGAAUAGAAAAUUGCCAUUUAUUUUCCUACAAGGAUUUUUCACUUCCUGAAUUGAUGGAGUUGAAAUGGAAUUGAUUACAGUCCUACUCACAUUUUCCCAAUUCAAACAUGGUACAACCCUUUAAUAACAUCGCUAUAGAAUCAAUAUGGUGCUAGUUAUUGGGAUCAUUAAUGCUUUUACUAGCUGACAUGAGCAUGACUUAUUAAGUAAUUAGUACAUUUCAUUACAGUUUAUGAUCUGUCAUUUUAUGUUUUCAAGUCAACGUCUUUACAAGCCAAAGGAAAACAGUGCCAAGAAACUGUAGAUUGAAAGAGGUUGCUUUGCAAACACAUGCAGACAAAGCACAUAGCAUUUAUCUGCUACAGUAAUUUGUAUGUAUUCCAUAGAGGCUUCCUGCUUAUAUGAAUUAUUAUGUUUGAGUUUAAUGUAUGGCAUUAAUAACAAUGUAACACUUAGUGCUUAACACUGCUUUGUGUUGGGGGAAUUGGGCUUGGAUUAUAUAUUUUGGUAUCUUUAUCCAUGCAGUGCAUCUACCAAACUAACAAGCGCAGCCAAACUGCAUACUUUAUAUUUCAUUAUACACUAAUUGUACUUGUCUACCAAAUACUGUAAUAUUGAUUUGAGGAUUGGACUUUUGUAGGUAGUGUAGCAGGAAGACAGUUACGUCUCAUUCUCAACCAUCUGGGUAUAAUUAAUCUGGUGUUGCCAUCAUUGCCUGGAAAUCAAGGCAAGAGUAUAGUCAAUUUUAAGUGCCUUCUUUCUCAGGUUCAUAUAGAGAAAGUGGCAUGUUGGAUUGUUAAUUAGGUCGCUUGCUGGUUGAUGUCAGACAGCUAAUACACUUUAGUUGCAUGCUGGACCAACGUUGAAGGAUCAAAUUAAAUGAAAGAGACGUUUGAAUACGCACAGCCUUAAAUUAGACUCUAGUGAUUGUACCGCUAAAACGUGAUGGCGCCAAUAGGGUUUUUGUAUUCACGCUGUUUUCCAUUCCUAUAUUGUUCAACGAUAUUGCAUUUAUCACUGCCUCAGCCAUGUUUUACACAGCGAUGCCUCACUGAUUUAAUCCAAUCUUAUCAAUUCCUAUUCAAAUGGAUCAAAGGUAAAGUGAUAUUGUAAUGUGGAUUACAAUGGUACCUAAUAUACAUACACGUCCUAGUAUGUUCUACUAAUGAAAUAUUUUGUAUGGUUUUGUUUUUGUUAGAAUUCUUUGAAUUGGGAGAUUAUCAUGAUAUACUGUAUUGUUGGCAGAGUGACAUAACUUAGUCUACACACAACUUUGUAAAGAAUAAACACUUUAAAAGCCUGCCCAACCUUUUGAUAAAUGUAGCCUUGCAUGAACAUUUUCUAUAAUUACUCCAAGUAUAUGACGAAAACCUUUGAUAUUACUAUUUUGGCAAAUGAUUGUAUACUGGACACUUUCCGAAUGUUCUUUAACAUAAAUCAAAUUGAACUGAAA